AUGGCCUUGUCCACGGGACAUGUCGCCAGCCAGUUACGGCACCUCAUCUACUACCAACUCGAUAAUAACCUAAUUCGCAACGCGUUAUUCCUGGCAGGUCGUCUUCAUGCUUUCGAACCGCGAUCCCACGAGGCGCAAUAUCUACUUGCGCUCUGUCACCUACACAAUGGUGAAGUGAAGGCUGCAUUUGAUUGCAGCCAAUCUUCGGGUUCUCUAGGCCUACACGCUGGUUGCGCUUAUGUUUUCGCGCAAGCUUGCUUGGAUCUAGAGAAAUACUUGGACGGUGUUGCAGCUUUGGACCGCAGCAAGCAUCUAUGGGCAACUCAGAACCAUUGGAACAAGCACAGUGAAACACAGCGGCAACAUCUCCCGGAUGCUGCAGCCGUGUUUAGCUUACAGGGAAAGCUUUGGCAUGCUCAUAAAGAUCUGAACAAGGCAGUUGACUGUUACGUUGAGGCACUCAAGCUGAACCCAUUCAUGUGGGACGCGUUCCUAGGACUUUGCGAAACAGGCGUCAACAUUCGAGUCCCCAACAUCUAUCAACUCAGCCCAGAACUUCUCGCAAUGAUAUCCUCGUCACCAAAUGAAAGUUCCGCAGUACCAGACAAUAUUCCCGCAGCAGAAGCCUUUCCUAUGCAGCCUCCUGGUCACCCUGUAUCAGAUCCUUUCAUGGUCCCCUCUUCCCGCGGCGACGGGGAAGGCACAUUUGGAAGCUCCGCGCUUUUCGAAAAGUUCAAUGGCAGCUCCGUUACUGUGGCGCAGCAAGUAUUUCAAGAUGGCAUGGAAACACCCGGAGCACAGAGCAGUGGCUCUGAAGAGUUCCGCAUAGCAAACGGGGUCACCGAUCCGGAAUCAGCAUGGGAUGCACCUAUGGCCCCGGCCCGCAAAAUACGCCCAGCUCAGACGAUGAGCUUAGAUCAAGCUGGACAAGCUCCACCCCGAAUGCGCCCAACAGGAAUCAGGCCCAAAAACAAAACAAGAACAGAUCCAGAGGCGUAUUCCGCUGGCACAAUGGAAAGAGAUCCGCCUCCACCUCCCAGGUUUGGUGAACGAAAGCGCACAGUCUCUGGGCAAGUUGCUCACCCCCUCCUCCAUCACAACCGAUUGAACCAGGUGCUCCUCAGCGUCGAAGCUACACUCCACAGUACACUUGCUGGAAAAGACGGCCGUGAAAUGAAGAAGUUAAGAGCCCAGUCAAGAGGACGAAUUGGAACUGUACCUACAGUGGGUCGUGUCGUGAGUGGUAACAGAAAGCCCAUGGAAGCACCCGACAACGAUGGCAAGGACCAUCGUAUUGGAACAAUGCCGCCACAAUCCUCGGUUCCUCCGUUACCAAAAAAUGCCGAGAAAACAAAAGAGCUCGAGUCUUUGAACUGGCUUUUGGGACUAUUCAAUAAGCUUGCAUGUGGGCAUUUCGCAUUGAGUCGUUACAAGUGUCAAGAGGCUAUCCACCACUUCAAUUUACUUUCUCAAGGUCAGCGCGAGACUUCAUGGGUUCUUGCUCAACUUGGACGGGCUCAAUUUGAGCAAGCGGGAUACGCAGAAGCUGCCAAAUAUUUCAACAGGGUUCAAACGCUGGCGCCCUCUCGCCAAGAAGACAUGGAAAUCUACUCAACUGUGUUAUGGCAUCUGAAAAGCGAUGUUGAAUUAGCAUACUUGGCACAUCAAUUACUCGAAUCCGACCGUCUAUCACCUCAGGCAUGGUGUGCCAUUGGCAACUCUUUCUCCCACCAACGAGAUCAUGACCAAGCCUUGAAAUGUUUCAAGCGUGCAACCAUGAUUGACCCUGGUUUCGCCUAUGCCUUCACUCUACAGGGACACGAGUAUGUCGCCAACGAGGAAUAUGACAAGGCAUUGGAGGCCUAUCGAAACGGCAUUAACGCCGACAAUCGACACUACAACGCCUGGUACGGACUGGGAACAGUGUACGAUAAAAUGGGAAAACUUGACUUUGCUGAACAGCAUUUCCGCAACGCCGCUAGUAUCAAUCCCACGAAUGCGGUAUUAAUCUGCUGCAUUGGUCUUGUUUUGGAGAAAAUGAACAACCCCCAGGAAGCCCUGGUCCACUACGGUAGAGCCUCCACGUUGGCUCCACAAUCAGUCUUGGCCCGGUUCCGCAAGGCACGAGUUCUAAUGAAGCUGCACGAAUUCAAAUUCGCUAUGGCAGAACUGAAGGUCCUCAAGGAUAUGGCGCCAGAUGAGGCAAAUGUGCAUUAUCUACUAGGAAAGCUGUAUAAAGUGCUUCAUGACAAGGCCAAUGCUAUCAAGCAUUUCACUGCUGCCUUGAACUUGGAUCCAAAGGCUGCACAAUACAUCAAGGACGCGAUGGAAUCCUUGGAUGAAGAUGAGAUGGAGGAUGAGGACAUAGCGUAG